AAGGCAACCAUGAGUUGAUAUAUAUACACACAUACACAUAAAGAAUGAAUGAUAAUCGAUAGAAAUAUAUAUAUACAAGAUUGAUCAUCCAAUAGCAAUUAUUCAAAGGAUCGGAAGAGAAGAGGAGAUCGGGAUAUCGAAGAUGGUGAAGCAUUUCAGCCACCGGCAUGAGUUGGAGUUGUGCCCAACAAUGCCUCAAACAGUGCAUGAAGAUGAUGAAGCAUUGAUUUGCUCCGUCUGCGAGUAUGAGCUAGACCUCCACCAAUCAGGUGAAGCUGUUUCUGUAAUUUACCAAUGCAGCAAGUCUUCUAAUUCCAAGUGCCAUUUUUACCUCCACGACUUGUGCUUCCAACUCCCCAGAGAAAUUCUACACAACUCUCACCCCAAACACCCUCUUCUUCUCUCCCUUCCUCCCUAUCAAAACGACAACGAAAACAACAGCGGUGAGUUCACAUGUAAUGCCUGCGGUGAAUCCGGCACUUGUUUCAGCUUUCAGUGCCCCAAAUGCAAGUUCAAUCUCCAUGUUCAAUGCGCUACUUUGCCUCAAACUCCAAGCCGCCGUCAACAUCAUCAGCACCCGCUUACUCUCCUCUUUUCCGUGCCAAAUUCUUAUAAUGUACAACAAAAGAUGACGACGAUAUGUGACUUGUGUAAAGGCUCUAUCUCUCAAGGUUGCUGGCUUUACUACUGUAAAGAAUGUGAUUAUUGUACCCAUCUCCAUUGCUCGAUUGCUGAAGCUGAUGAUCAUCAUCAUGAAUAACCCAAACAUUAUUAUAAUCACAUGGUGAUCUGGAAAUCAGAGAGUGACUGUGAUCAAUGGAUUGAGGAAAGAGAUCGAUGAGAGUAGAUCGGUUGUGAAAUUGAUAGAGAAAGAGAGAGUUAGAGAGGAUUUUUGAUCUGAAAUUGAUCAAGACUCCUUUAGACGUCCAAUUAACUCGGGUCAGAGUAUAAAGGGUACACCCAACCGGAUCCGCCAUUAACAAUGGUGGAAGAAGAAUAAUAAUAAUAAAGCUCCUUUCUUAUCUUCUUCAGCAUCAUAUCUCUUACUUUCUCAAACCAUAACCCUCGCAUUCAUAUGGUCUUCAUUUCCUCAUUGAUAUUUCAAUGUCUUCAAUAUUCAUUUGGGCUUCUCAGCACAGCUUUGUAAUUUGCUAUUGUGUCUGGGUUUUGGGUGUUUGAUGAUGGGUUUUCAUCAUUGGUGGCAGUUGGGUAUGCUCUUCUUCAGCAUCGUAUUUCAAUGCUUGCUUCUUCUUGAUUAUCGCCUGUGAAUUGUGAUGGGGUUGGAAAGUUCAGAUCUCUUAAGGUAUUCAAAUGGUUUCUGAAUUCAACAAAGAAACCCCACUUUUGCUGUUUCUGAAGUUCUCAUUCUAAGUAGAUAUCUAGAGCAUUAGUAUAAUAUUUUUCCUUUCACUCAAAACUAGCUUGUCGUUCUCAGUUGCAUUGAUUUACAAAAUCAGGCAAGGUUGUUGGUUUCUGAAAUAAAGAUAAGAUUCAUUUUAGUUUCCAAGAAUAAGAAGUUUGUAUAAGCAUAAAGAGAGUGAGAACUUACUG